AUGUUUCCUGACUUUCAAGUGGUGAGCUACAAGUACAACGCGCUAAAGACGCUGCGGACGGCCCAUCCUCAGACAUGGGACAUCGAGGAAGUGAAAAACAUUCACUACAUCUUGACCAAGCCGUGGAGCAUCGAUCCCAGCCAUCCAACCAUCGUCGAUCCCUAUGUGGACCUGUACGAACUUUGGUGGGCGACACGAGUCCACUUGCCGGCGGAAUGGAUCGAGGUCGCCUCUGGGAGACAGCCUUUGGAAAAUGGACGUCAACGGGCCCAAUGCGAUCGCGUAUAA